AUGGUGCGAGCUUUUGGAACGGUGGCUGUGGCGAGGAGGAGGAGACAGCUCCUUGAGAGAAUGAAUCAGCAAAAAAGUCGAGGGAAUAUCAUGCAAUUCAGUGAGGAUAUCAUUAAACAGUUGACUCCCGAAGAGAUCGAUGAAUUUAAAGAAGCUUUUAUGAUGUUUGACAAAGACGGAAAUGGAACAAUAUCGACAAAAGAGUUGGGAAUCGCGAUGAGAUCGCUUGGACAGAAUCCAACUGAACAGGAGAUUCUCGAGAUGAUCAACGAGGUGGACAUCGAUGGAAAUGGACAAAUCGAGUUUCCUGAGUUCUGCGUGAUGAUGAAGAGAAUGAUGAAGGAGACCGAUUCUGAAAUGAUUCGCGAGGCUUUUCGUGUCUUUGACAAAGACGGAAAUGGCGUCAUCACCGCGCAAGAGUUUCGAUAUUUUAUGGUGCACAUGGGCAUGCAAUUCACUGAGGAAGAGGUCGACGAGAUGAUCCAUGAAGUUGAUGCUGAUGGCGAUGGUGAGAUCAACUACGAGGAAUUCGUCAAAAUGAUGUCCGAUCGG